CCAAAAUUUUAGUUGGUAUACCAACUUUUGUAAUAAGUAAAGCACAGAAACUUAGUCGGCCGACUAAACGUGAAAAACAACCAAUAGUUUCCGCGUCCAACUGGUUUAGUGGGGGCCGAGAAUACCAUCUCUUAUGUGAAAGUUUACUUGGUUUCCGAACCUUGUAUUAAUUUUACCAGUUAUGUUGGCUAUUCUAUAUAUUCGCUAUUUUUAGAUUGCUCAUACAGUGUUUAAACCUUUUUAGGAUUGGAGAACAGCGAGCGAAGAUAUGCGGAAAUUUCUGCCAAACAAAUAAAAAAAAUUCGACGAAAAAGGAAUCUGUAUGGCCCGGCGGCUAUGGGCCCAACAGCAAGUAACACGACACACCGUUUAACAAAUGUUAUGCAUAAAUACUGGUGACCAGUUUCCUGCGUAUCCGUUCGCAGCAUCUGAUCUUACAUCCCGCAGCUUUACAAAACAGCUAUAGUAAUGGGAUUCUUAGAGUACGAGGGUGAACCGCUGCCAUUUAAUGAGAUAAGACCUCAUAUCGAACAUGUUAAAAGUCACGGUAUCCUACAAUUUCUAAAUAUCUACCGAAACGCUCGGGAACGAAACAACGAUGCUUUUAAAUGGGGAGACGAGAUGGAGUAUUCGGUUGUUCAUUUCGAUGAGAAAGAGAAAAGAGCAAGUGUGAGUUUGGGGGCUGAAAAGAUUCUCGCCGUCUUGCAAGAAAAAUACAACGACGUAGAAACGAACAGCCACCAAGUUUCGCGCGGUCCAGAUGAGAGAUGGGGUUCUCAUUGGAGCCCAGAGUAUUCCCGUUUCAGUAUAGAGAGCUGUCCUGCCAAGCCUUAUCAGGGUAGUUUGGAGCACCUGGCAACCGUAGAAGCGAACAUGAGAUUCAGGCGAGGACAAGUGAAAGCGCUAUUGAAGCCAAGCGAAAUGUUAUUAUCUCUUACAGGCUCCCCAAGAAUUGGUUGCAAUGACUUCAUUGGUCCGCCCGAAUGCGUGCCACGCCCAAUUUUAAGUCCUGCAUCCAAGUCUGUUUAUUUUCCAGACUGUGGCAUCACUCGUCACCCAAGAUUCCCGUUUUUGACCCGAAAUAUAAGAGAACGAAGAGGCUCUAAAGUGGAAAUCAAUAUUCCAAUUUUUAAAGACACAAAUACAAAGUGUCCGUUCGUCGAAGUAUUUCAAGACUUAGAGUCCAACACAGCCGCUAUGCCUGACCAUGUAUAUAUGGAUGCAAUGGGCUUUGGAAUGGCCCAAGCAUGUUUACAGUGCACAGUACAAGCGAAAGAUUUGAAUCAAGCCAAACUAAUUUAUGAUCAGUUGGUGCCUUGGUGUCCCAUCAUGUGUGCACUUAGCGCAGCGUCUCCGUUUUACAAAGGAUACAUCACAGAUAUCGACACUCGCUGGAACGUUAUUUCCGCGAGUGUAGACGAUCGAACUGUUGCAGAAAGAUCAUCAAUUCUGCAAUCUCGCUUUGGUCAUGUGCAAUUAUAUUUGUCAGGACAGUAUCUAUACCUAAAUGACGUUGACACCAAAAUAAACGAAGAUGCCAAGAAUACUCUUUUAGAAGCAGGUGUUGAAGAAGGCCUUGCAAAUCAUAUUGCUCACUUAUGGAUUAGGGACCCGUUGAAUUUAUAUUCAGGACGAAUCAAUAUCGAAGACGCAACCGACGCUGAUCAUUUUGAGAACAUACAAUCUACAUGCUGGCAAACAUUGAGGUUCAAACCCCCACCUCCUGGCAAAGACGUUGGUUGGAGAGUAGAAUUCCGACCAAUGGACGGACAACUGACUGACUUUGAGAGUGCAGCUUAUGUUGUGUUCGUUGUUCUGUUGAUAAAAGUCACUUUGGCCAAAAAACUUGAUUUUACAAUUCCGAUGUCGCAUGUUCUCCGAGACAUGGACAAAGCACAAAAGAACAACGCUGUACUGACAGAGUUAUUUUGUUUUAAUACAAAUUUCAGAAACAACGAAGGGAAUGUUCAAAAAAAGAUAGCAGAAUUCGGUUCCCUACGAAUUGGCAGAAGCGAUGACGAUUGCAAUGGGAUGACAAUCGACCAUAUUAUAAACGGAAAGGGAGAGUUCACAGGUGUUAUAUCACUACUUCGUGAAUACUUGGACGAAACAGGAAUUGAAAAAGAAGCAAGAAAUGUGAUUGAACGUUACUUUGAACUGAUCAGUAAACGUGCGUGUGGUGAGUGCCUCACAUCAGCUCAGUGGAAACGACAUUUCGUUCGGACCCACCCAGAUUACAAACAAGAUUCUGUUGUUUCUCAAUUAAUCGAGUAUGAUCUACUUAGAACUUGUGAUAAAAUCGAAAAAGGCGAAACCCAAGAAAAACUUUUGUAUUCUAACAUUCUACCAUCUAUUAAUUUAUAUCCCCCGCAACGUUAGACAAUGGUAAAGCGAGUCUCCUGU